GAUUGGGACUUUGACACUUAGCGUGCCUUGCGAUUCUGCUUUUUCCUCCCUACAUUCACUCACUUAAGUGAUGACGAUUACUUCGUCGACGGCCUUGACGUGCUGUGGCCUUCGUGUGCAAAUAUGUGAAACUCCCUGCCAUUCACCAGAUUUGCCACACCACAGCCCUGACGUUCCAUUUCCUAAAUUUGGACGAGAUGGGGACGAGUUUGGAACAGUGCGUGGCCCCUUGUUAUUUACUCCUCGAUACACAUACUCUCCUCUUUUGCUGUGCCGUAGUUGUGCACGAGGGCUGUGUGAAACUACCAUGACUCUGGUGGAGAGUGAGGAAAAGAGCGGCAACGGGCCGUGGAGUGUCAGGAUGGUCAGCGGGCAGAGUGUGGUCGCGUUGCGGUGGUAAUUAGAUGCCACAGCGCACGAACGCACUCGGGUUGUGUGUGUGGAUGUGCGACGGAAAAUGAGCUCGUGUUAGCUUUGUAGAGGGGGUGAUGGCAAGGGCAAGGGCGAGGGCGAGGGCUUAGAAGUGUAGGUGGAUUCGGAUUCUGGAAUUAGGGAGAUUACGUCGGGAAUGUGGUCGAAUGGAGGGCAGGUGGAGUUCAAAACAUGGAAAACUUUUCGGUGCGCUUCGGAAUGCUAUCUGAUACUCCCGUUCCCCCCUCACGUAAUUGGGUUAGGUUUUCGGAUUUGACAAAAUGCGAGACAGUAGUGCAAAGACAGAUACUUCCUCCGACAUGGAUGGUGACCCUAAGUUAGAUGACGGUCAUCAUUUAGUCACUGGAGGCUCAAAUGACUCUAGUCACGAAGCUGGAACCAAGAACGGUGACUUCAAGGUUCUCAGACGUCUGGCACAAAAUCGUGAAGCAGCCCGAAAAAGCAGGCUUAGGAAAAAGGCCUAUGUGCAGCAGUUAGAGUCCAGUCGUAUCAAAUUGAACGAGCUUGAGCAAGAGCUUCAAAGAACUCGGCAACAGCAGGGAUUAUAUCUCGGACCUGGCUCGUGCAGCGUUGACCAAAAUGGUCAUUCAGCUGGAGGCACUUGGGGGACUAACAGUAGUUCAGUAGCCGCAGCCUUUGACAUGGAGUACGCAAAAUGGGUUGAAGAGCAUCACCGGCAGACCAGUAAGCUCCGUGCUGCUUUACAGGGUCAUGUCGCCGACUCUGAACUGCGGGUACUUGUGGAUGCGGGAUUGGCACAUUAUGAUGACCUUUUUCGACUCAAGGCCGUUGUUUCUAAAGCUGAUGUUUUCCAUCUUGUAUCCGGCAUUUGGAAGUCUCCUGCAGAGCGGUGCUUUAUGUGGAUGGGUGGAUUUCGCCCCUCUGGGCUACUGAAGAUAUUACUACCACAGAUAGAACCUUUGACAGAUCAACAAGCGUCAAACAUCUGCAACUUGCAGAAAGCUUCUCAACAAGUUGAAGAUGCUCUUUCUCAGGGGAUGGAAGUACUUCAGCAAUCACUUGCCGACGCUCUCUCUGUUGGUUCUCUUGGCUCAUCAGCAAAUGUAGCUAUUUAUAUGGGACAGAUGGCCAUGGCCAUGGGGAAACUUGGCACACUUGAAGCUUUCAUGUGUCAGGCCGAUAAAAUACGUCAACAAACAUUACAGCAAAUGCACCGGGUGUUAACCACGCGCCAAGCAGCCCGGGGGCUUCUCGCUAUGGGGGACUACUUUGCUCGUCUUCGCGCAUUGAGUUCCCUUUGGUCUGCCCGGCCUCGUGAAUGAGAAGUAUAACUGUACCAGGCUGUGAAAACAGUCCUUGACGCAGGUGUGGAAGCUCCAGCAGUCAACAAUCCUGAUAAGCUAUCCAGCUCAGAUUGCACAAUAUGCCGUAUGAUGUCGUUUCAGACGAACUUCGAUGAUGACGGGUUGUGAGUGUGGUCGUAUAUUGCUACAAGGCCAUGCAUGGCUUGGGUACGCUUGCGUGUAACGUUGACGCAGUUCCAACACUGGCAGAAUGUACUUCAAGAUAAGGAAGAGGAAAACAAUUACAUGCAUCCUAUGCGUUAGAAGUUCUCAUCAGAUUAACGUGAACAUGCCAUAGAGGAUUCAUGUGCAGCGAAUCAUCCAAGUAUUAAUCACAGCCUUACCAAUCUUCGAAACUCACGGCAAUGUUUGCGGUCACCAGUUCCAAUCAUUGGAGAAGCCAAACAGGCACGAAGUUCGUGAACUUACCUUCUCGCUUCACUUGAGAGUACCACUGCAACAUUAUAGAAUAUAUGCUUUGUGAAGAUCCUUUCGACAUGUAUAGUGAAAUGCGUUCUUACAAAGCAUUCAUAAUUGGAGUUUCAGCAAUUGUUGCUUUGCGAGUGAAAGCUUCAGAUAUUUAGACCUGGAGCUGCAAGAAAGGCUCACCUCGAAAAGCGGCUAGCUUUGCUGGAAGUUUUUGUACACCGCAGGAUUUGUAGUCCUGAUUUUGGUCCGGUCCUAUAGUCGCCAAUUUAGCCAUGGCUCUUAUUCCUGAAUGACGGGAUCACUUCCAGUCUGAUGAUCUCUGAGCGAGACUGCCAUCUCUGCAAUGGAACUGCCCCCAUUGACUUCGAUAUUUUCUUGGUUGUCUAUUCGAUGAUAGCUGCCGGUGUAGAGAUUACAAACGGAGUUGCGCACUGGCAGGGUUGGAGCUGAAUCCAUUGGUGUUGGAGCAUAUUACCAGGAUUCGUUUGUGAACAAGCGAGCAAGGUAGGUUUGCGUGUCUUUCAUGUUUGAGGUUUUCAAUUUGGUUUUGUUUUGUUUUGUUUGUUUGUUUGUUUGUUUGUGUGUUUUUGCUUUUUUGCUUUUUUUGCUUUUUGUCUUUUUUUCUUUUGUGUAAAGAUCAUUUUUCGGAUCUUAGUACGAUCCUCUCUAAAUAGGAUUUCACUUGUGUUGUAUGGGUUCAAUAUUUUUGGAGAACGUAAUCACCCUGCAGCCAAUAAAAUAAAACACCUGCUGGAGUUGCGGAAUCUCGUACAAUCCCGAUUCGCUGAGGAAGAUAAACUCCCAAAGACGUGUUCAUUAGAACUUGUCAGAUUCAGGAAGUUCCCUUCCGAAGCAACGGGCAUCCCUGCAUCUUUUUCCCGACUCUCUUGAUGCUUCUGUGCGAGUUGCUAAGAAACAUUAGGCAACCCUUGAAGACAUCUAGUUCAUCGAUCGCAGUUCUUGAUUAAGAUGUGCAUCGCUUUGAUCUCUUGACGAGACCCCAGGAGUUAACUACGGUUACGGAACAUGUUUUUUAAAAACUCUUGUAGAAAUGGAACCGAGGUGGGUACGAUUCGCUUGAAGCAAGUGCAGUGAUCUGCUCAGCCUGACGGAAUCAACUUAAGUCGUACAAAACUCACUGUAAGUUUCAGACACUGUUGCUCGACUGUUACUUGUGUCACGUGCCCUGUACACAGAAAUUGUCUUCAAUCCCAUGCCACUCCAGUUCCCGAUGCAUCUUUCUUUUAAUUGUUUUUAAAAAUAAAAAUAAAAACAAACAUUACUAGAAUUGUAAAUCUCAAAUCACAGAUUAAAUGGUUUGUGUCUUUGUAUUCAAAUGACAUAUUAUCCUACAAUUCAAUAGUGGGAAUGGAUUCUUACUGUGGUGAAGAAAAUAACUUAAAUUCAGCAAAAAAGUAACUUGGGUACUAGCUAAGCUGUGAUUCGAGAGGAUAUUUUUUGAUCCCUAUACAAGUCCAAAAGGUUGGUUAGAGCUACUCUAAGCAGCAGAGACUGCUUAACUUCGUAUGGAGGGAUUGGAUGUUCAUUUACAUGUUUGUUUGUGCACAAAUAGUUUCCCCGGCCAAAGGUAGGUCAAUAAUGGGAGUCAAAGUGAAUCCAAGUUACAUAAAAUAUGACAGCGAACUCAUGAGCUGGUGAGGAAUCUGCUCCUAUUCAUGUCAAUAUGCUAAUAGUUUGAGGGAUCUUCUGGAUUACUUUUUAGUCCCAA